AUGAGAACCCAGGAGCUUGAAGAGGUUGUAGUAGCAAACAUCACCAUUGUCACUGAGUUCCUGUUGCUGGGUUUUUCGAGCCUUGGUGAAAUUCAGCUUGCCCUGUUUGUGGUUUUUCUGUUUCUGUAUUUAGUCAUUCUUAGUGGCAAUGCCACUAUAAUCAGUGUCAUUCAACUGGAUCAGAACCUCCACACACCAAUGUACUUCUUCCUUGGCAUUCUCUCAACAUCUGAGACCUUUUACACGUUUGUUAUAUUACCCAAGAUGCUGCUCAACCUGCUGUCUGUGGCCAGAACCAUCUCCUUUACCUGUUGUGCCAUUCAAAUGUUCUUCUUCCUUGGUUUUGCUAUUACCAACUGCCUGCUGUUGGGUGUGAUGGGCUAUGACCGCUAUGCUGCCAUUUGUCAUCCUCUGCAUUACCCAAUGCUUAUGAGUUGGCAGGUGUGUGGAAAAUUGGCAGCUGCUUGUGGGAUUGGUGGCAUCAUAGCCUCACUGACAGUUGUAAAUCUAGUUUUCAGUCUUCCUUUUUGUAAUGCCAACAAGGUCAACCACUACUUCUGUGACAUCUCCCCAGUCAUUCGUCUGGCUUGCACCAAUACAGAUGUUCAUGAAUUUGUCAUAUUCAUUUGUGGAGUUUUGGUACUCGUGGUUCCCUUUUGCUUUAUCUGUAUUUCUUAUCUCGGCAUUCUGAGGACAAUCCUGAAGAUCCCCUCAGCUGAGGGCAAACGGAAAGCCUUUUCCACCUGCGCCUCUCAUCUCACUGUGGUUAUUGUUCACUAUGGCUGUGCUUCCUUCAUCUACCUGAGGCCUACAGCAAACUAUGUGUCCAACAAGGACAGGCUGGUGACAGUGACAUAUACUGUUGUCACUCCUUUACUCAACCCCAUGGUCUAUAGUCUUAGAAACAAAGAUGUUCAACUUGCUAUCCGAAAAGUGCUAGGAAAGAAAGGAUCUCUGAAAUCAGAAAAUUGGGGAACCAGUCACAGGCAUCCUAAAUAA